UUUCUUACUACUAUGGCCUCCGCGUCAACGUUUGGCCAUAGAAACGCUGGCUUUCAGGCCGGCAUUGUCAACGGGCCUGUCAACACCACGUUCCAGCUUUCCCCAGAACGACCAGAAACUCCACCGCACCCGACAAUCUUGAUAUCGUUCCCUCGCGACGUCGACUUCGUUGAGCGAGAGUCGAUACUCGAUCAGGUGCACGAAAAAUGCGCGGUAUCCGGCGAACGGACCGCGCUCAUUGGCCUAGGCGGCGUUGGCAAGUCACAGCUUGCUAUCGAGUAUGCAUACAGAACUCACAAGAGAUCGCCAGAGACAUGGGUGUUCUGGGUCUAUGCCAGCAACGCAGCCCGAUUCGAGGAAAGCUUUCGCGACAUUGCCGAGUGCGCCAAAAUCGCUGGACGGCACGACCCUCAGAAAGACGUUUUGAAGCUGGUGCACAACUGGUUGCGCCACUGCAAAGAGCGAUGGCUGGUCAUACUCGACAACGUCGACGAUGUUGGCUCCCUUCUCGAUGUCCGAGCCAACGACACGGGCCAGCAGGCCGGAGGCUCUGGGUCCACUUCGAACUCGCUUCUCAGACACAUUCCCCACAGCGAGCAUGGUUCGGUUUUGGUAACAUCUCGGAACAAAGAGGCGGCCUUGAAGGUUGUGGAGCAACGCAACAUCGUUACGGUAGGUCCGUUUGAUAAAGCGCAAGCACAAGCGCUUCUCGAGAAGAAGCUAGGAGUCCAAGGACAUGACAGAGAUAUUGCUGAGCUCGCUGCGGCGCUCGAGUACAUGCCGCUGGCCAUUGUACAAGCGGCGUCGUACAUCUCGCAAAGAGCGCCUCUUUGUUCGGCAAGAGAAUAUCUCGAAAAGUUCCAGAACAGCGAUCGCGAGGGGACAGGACUUCUUGACUACGAAGGCGGGCAACUUCGUAGGGAUCGGGACGCUAAGAAUUCUAUCUUCAUUGCCUGGCAGAUAUCAUUCGAGCACAUACAACGGACCAGGCCGUCGGCCGCCGAGCUGCUUUCCUUGAUGAGCUUCUUCGACCGGCAAGGCAUUCCCGAGACACUCAUCCGUAGUCGAGGAGUAAAAAGGAUCUCGACAAAACAGCGUCUCAGAUAUCUUUUCCAUCUUGACAAAAGUCAUCGUAAAAGUCAGGACGACUGUAAGGCGAUUGCCAGCGAUAGUGACUCGUUCGAAGAGGAUGUGAUGACAUUGCGCAACUUCUGCUUCAUCUCGGUCGAAGCCAAUAUGCACACCUUCGAGAUGCACAGGUUGGUACAGCGAGCGACGCGCAAAUGGCUGGAAGCCAACAGCAAAAUAGAGCAAUGGAAGCAGCAGUUCAUAAAAAUCCUAUGCGCGGAAUUCCCUAAAAAUGGGCACUACGAGAAUUGGCCAACAUGUCAGGCGUUGUAUGCGCACGUCAAGUCAGCUGCAGAUCUACGACCGGAAACAAAGUCUUCUCUGCUAGACUGGGCUGAACUGCUUUAUCGCGCAGCAUCGUAUGCCAAUGGUAAAAAAAAUAUUGCCGAUGCUGAGGCCCUGGCUUUGAAGUCGCUGGAAGUGCAUACACAAAUCUUGGGUCAGGAACACAAGCACACCCUGUGUAGUAUGAACGCGGUAGGAUUGGCAUACAACCUUAGAGUAGACCAUCUAGAAACGCUGAGAAGCAUGAGCAAUCUGGCGGCAACAUACUCUGGACAAGGCCGAUGGGAUGCUGCAGAAGAGCUAGAGGUGCAGGUGCUAGAGGCUCGCAGGAAGAAGCCCGGAACAGACCAUCCAGACACGCUGAUUAACAUGAACAAUCUUGCCUCUACGUGGAAAAGUCAGGGCCGAGAUGCUGAAGCUAUAUGUCUGAUGAGGGAGUGUGUCCAGCUUAAACAACAGGUCUUGGGAGCUGAUCACCCCGACUUUAUGAAUUCCUCAACGUUUUUAGCUAGGUGGGAAGCAGACCGUGAUCGAGCUAUCUCAGUACCUUGA